GCUGCGCCUCCUUCCAAACAACCCAUCGUCUGUCUACCUUACCUCAGUCUGGUCUUUGCCAUCAAAAAAAAAAUCCGGUUCUUUUUCUUUUUUGGAGUCUCAGAGCCUCUACAUACAUAAUCGAGCCUAUUGUACCCAAAGUCCCAAAUCGCAACGGACACCAUUCGCGUGCGAUCCAAAAGUUCCGAACCAACAUCGCCCAAACCCACCCAAAUUACGACGUCAUGGCUGCUGUGCCGUCAGAUCCUCCAGCUGUGGCUACCACCACCACCACCACCAAUCCUGCCCCGACGAACGGCGAUGCCAAGAAUGCAUCUGACUCCACGGAGACAGCUACGCUUGUCACAGAGCCCAAUACUACGAUAAAAAGAAAGGAAUUGAAGACGGCCCCGGAGCCCAAGAGUUCAGAGAACACAAAUGGAUUGUCUUCGUCGAAUGGUCAAGAUGCGACGGGAGACGAACCGAAGCCCAGUCUACCUCCUCGGCCGACAUCAAUAGACGCCAGGGAGGGACUGCAGCCCACCGACCAGUCCGUACAACAGCCACCAAACACUGCAACGACAACGAGCACAAAGUCGCCGAGGACCUCUACGACCCAAGGCGCCGACACGGCAGUGACCUCGAUAGAAAUCGACAACACCAAGCCCGCCGACUUUGAGGGCGAAAUCUCCACCAACAACGACCUGCCAACACCCCAGGUUCUGAAGAAGAUUGAGAACUACGUAGUGCUGGACCGUCAUGGCAAGAGCCAUACGUUCAAGAGCUUAUACACCGGUCGUAAUGUCGCGAGGCGCGUCCUCGUCAUCUUCAUCCGCCACUUCUUCUGCGGCAAUUGUCAGGAAUUCCUACGAUCACUAUCCGAGUCGAUAACCCCUGACGCCCUGCUGGGUCUUCCCAUGAGCACAUUCAUCACCGUCGUUGGCUGCGGCAACCCUGGCUUGAUCGAGAUGUACCUCCAGGAGACCGGCUGCCCCUUCCCCGUCUACACCGAUCCCACGCGACGUCUCUUCGACACCUUAGGCAUGACGCGCACCCUAGCUCUGGGAGCUCGACCGGCCUACAUGCGCAAAUCCAUGCUCAAGUCUGCUGCCGAGAGCGUCUUCCAGGGAUUGAAGCAAGUCAAGAGCGGCCUGGCCACGAAAUCUGGCGACCACAGGCAAGUCGGCGGCGAGUUUCUCUUCGAACCACUCGAACUCGUCACACCCGUCUCAACACCAUACGCCGAGCGGCAGAUCGAGGAAGCCAUGACGUCAAAGAAGAAUAGCAUCGACAACAAGGAGGGCAUCGACGGAGAGGGCGGCGACGACUUUGAACCGGAGGAGAAGAGGGUAACGUGGUGCCACCGCAUGCGCUCCACACGAGACCACGCAGAAAUACCCGAGCUGAUGGAGAUUCUCGGCCUCAAUGGGUCCGGAAAGCCUCCUGCUCACGAGAAUAAGAGGUGGUCCAGGGCGCUAGAGACGAGGAAGGGAACCGGGCUGAGCAUGGCUAGCCAGAUGAGCAAGCUGAGCGAGCAGGAGCGAGCAUAGGAGCGGCGAGGCUUCUUUUGGGUCGUCGACGGGUCAGUGCGAUCCGUCGUUCGCCAAGGCUCUGAGAAUUGGGGAUGAGUUACCGACGAUUAACGGAUCCAGGCCGUGCCGCGUGGUGCGUGGUGCGUGGUGCGUGGAUGACCGCGG